CACUAUUUUCAGAACUUGCAUUGUUUUAUGAGACUUUUUCUUGAAAUGAUGUGUAAUGUAGCUGUGAUCAAAAGGAUUCUAGUCAAUAAGAGCAAAAUUCUGCCUACCAUCUUUAAAGCAAUAAGGCAGCUGGAUGAAGAGUUACUGACAGUUUUAGCGCUAGAAGUCACGCACAAAUGUCUGCUUGUUGGGAAAACCGAGACUACAGAACUGUUUGUAAAGUAUGGGCUUCUCAAAGACAUUUACAAAAGAGUGAAAAAUAAACACGAGGCAAAUCUGUUUUCUUAUGGUGCAAUUCAUAUGGUGCUGUGUUGUUCAAAGUUAUUACUGACGAUUUCCAUUCUAGGAACGGAAAGUAUCCGCAGUCAAAUUAAAAGGUCUCCUGUGUUAAGGAUUAUGGGAGACUACAUUGAAAAAAUGGCUGCAAGUAAGGCAGAGAAAGGUGGAGCUUUGUUUUUAGUGGAAAAUUUUACUCAUGCCAAAACAAUUUUAGCAUUUGACAAGGAGGCUGAGAGUGCUCUUCAAAAUUGGAAACCAAAAGAGAAAUUACAGAAGGAGCAAGAGCAGGAUCAGAUUUAUGCAUUCUGCUCGUUUCCAGGGUGUAGGAAGUUGUACGAGGAAUCAUUAAAGUUCAGGUAUUGCGGAGCAUGCCGGUUGGCACGGUAUUGCAGCGAAGAGUGCCAGAAAGAACACUGGAAAAAAUGUCACAAAGAUGCUUGCUUGAGGGAUCCUGUAGAUGCUUAUGGUUGGUGACUAUAUAUCUGAGACGCCUUGCGUUGAUUGGUGAAAGAAGUUGUUUCAAGUGGUGCGUAGAAAUAUAGAAAAUCCAUUAAUAUAAUAUAUGUAUUCAGAUUCCUGUGGGUUUACCGUGUUGUGUAUUUCCUGUCUAUGGGAUUUUUAUUGGCAGUUACAAAGGUGAUAAUCUUGUUUAAUUGUUGACAAGUGGUUUAUGUAAUGUACUGUAUGUGAACUUUUUUUUUAGCUGAUACUUUUGUGUAUACUUGAAGGUGUACUUGUGGGCAUUACAGGUUAUUGCAUUUAUUAAUAUAACAUAUUUUUUUUUUUAUGAUUUUAUUUAGUUUUUUUCUGUAAAAGUUUUUUGUCAGUUCCUGAAAAUGUUGAUGUUGUUUUGUUUUUCUGCAAGCUGAGUGCUUUGUAUUGUGUUCAUUUAGAAGAUCUAGUGUUGUUUUGUUAUUUCAUGAAAAAAUCAUAAAAGAUUAAAAAAAAGCACUCUAUAGUUGAUGCCAAAUUGGUUUGAAACUACUUUAAAUAUAUUAAUACAGUAUUUUUAUACUGAAAAUGAUUUUAUUUUUCCCAUUCACUUAAUUUCCAUGCCUCAGAUGAACCAAAAUAAUUUCAGUAAAAUCAAACUUUGAAAAAAAAGUAUUAAGACUUUAGGAAAGAUAAAAUUAUUCUCAAGUCAAGAAAUAUUUUACAUGUGAUAUGCAAUUAAUGACUAUUUUGCAGCAUUUUAAAUCACCAUAUUUCAACUGCUUGACUAACACAGUAAGGUCUAUUUUUGCAUAUUUUGACCUAUUAUUGGAAAUUGUCGCAGAUUUUAUUUAAGUGCAGUUUGCAAUGUGUAAAUUACUUUCUUUGUUCAUUUGACAAUAUUUUACUUUUAAAUACGUUUUUAAAUUUUUUAUGAAAAUUAGCAUGAAUCUUGAGGUAUGCUGCAUAAAAGUAUUUUAUCAUCUAAAGAAACUCCUUGUGAGUUUAAAGUUUAGACAAUAAGUGAUAUUAUUUAAAAAAAAAUUUUCAAAUCAGAAGCAUUUCCAAUGUUUACUGACUUUUUCACAUUUUUGCCCUAACAAUUCGAAAGAAUGGUUAAAAUAUGGAAAAUAAUUUCAAAAUAUAUUUCACUGCAGUGAAAUAUUUUUUUCUAACAGAGAAAAUAUGAAAAAUAAAACUAUGCAUUUUAUUUCAUCAAUAUUUCUCAAUAUUUAUUUAUAGAUAUAUGAUAAAAGUUUUUAUUUCAUCUGUUUGAUUUUAAAUAUUCAAAAUUUAUAGGAACAAAAGACAUUCGUGCUCUUUGAAUUUUAAUAAACAAGUCAUAGUAUUACUCAUAUUGUUACUAAGGUAGGAAUUCAUCUUGAACAGUACCCUAAUUCUUAUUAGCUCACCAGACCCAAAGGUUCAGGGUGAGCUAUUCGUAUCAAAGGGGGAUGCUCCGGCAUCAUGCAUCAACAAUCGUCUUCUUCUCUGAAACUGCUUGGCAGAUUUACUUCAAAUUCUUGUGACAGUCACACUAAAAAUUGCUCAUGUCAUUUCAAUUGGCCCUUUUUAGGGGUCAACAGAGCUAAAAAUAAUAAAACCUUCAAACAUCCUCUACUACAGAACUAAUUGAUGGAUGAUCACCAAACUUUGUCUGCAGCAUUCUUGGGUAGUCUUUUAUCAAGUUUGCUCAUAUUUAUUUGAUUGUCCCUUUUUAAGCUAGCUUAAAUGCCCCAGGUCAUGGCAUUUCUUCAAAUUAUUGUUUAAAGAAAUACUAUGCUCAAAUUUAAUAAAAGAAAAUAUUAACAAUGGAUAAUUUCCAACACUGAAAGGCAGUUGUUUCUGGUGAGCGACUCGGGGCCAUCAUGGCCCUCUUGUUUAUAGAAUGUGCUAUUUUAGAAAUUAUAGCUGAGGAAAAGCUAAAAUACAUAUUAUGAACAAUUAUGUGACAAUUUUGUGCUAUUUGAGUCACAGUUUGACAAGGCAGUGCUUUGAAAUGUAUGUGCUUUAUUUUAAAAUAUUGAGAGAUAACAAUUUCAUGUAGAUAUUACUAUGUAUUAUAAUUAUGUUUUUAACAGGAAUUUAACUGUUUAUUGUGAUUUGGAACAGGGAGUAUCUCUAAGAUUAAACAUUGCUCAAGAAUACUUUAAAGUUAAAUUUAUUUUGUAGGUGUCAAGUCUGAUAAAAACACCAUUUUGUUAAGGGGUUAAUAACAUUUUCAUAAAAAUGGUGUGUUUAUUAGAGUGAUUUUAUUUUUAGAGUGAUGUUAUUUUGAUUAAAUUCAGAUUGAAUAAAGGCCUUAUGGCAUUUGACUUUUUUGAGAACAAAAAUCUAAUUUCAUAUAAAAAAUUUGUUAAAAAAGGUAAAGAUAACAAAAAUCAGAUUUUAUUUAGAAAUUUUGCUAAAAAUGGUAUUACUAAAGAUUUCUCCCAUCCAGCUUGAAUUAAGCCAUGUGUUCUCUAAUAAAUGCCCUUUCAUUUAAAAAAUCCUCAAACCCCUUUUAAACAUAGCGAAACAAAUACCAUGAAAGUAGAAGAUUAUUAUAAAAUCAUAUGAGCCGCGUCAUGACAAAACCAACAUAAUGGGUUUGCGACCAUUAUGGAUCCAGACCAGCCUGCGCAUCCGCGCAGUCUGAUCAGGAUUCACGCUGUUCGCUAUCAGUUUCUCUGCUUGUAAUAGAGUUGGUAAGCGAACAGCAUGGAUCCUGAUCAGACUGCGCGGAUGAGCAGGCUGGUCUGGAUCCAUGCUGGUCGCAAACACAUUAUGUUGGUUUUGUCAUGACACGGCUCAUAUAAUUGACAUUACGCCAGAGAAGAGAUUGCUCCGCCCACUGAUUCACGUAACCAGUCAUUCAGAACCUUAGACAAAAGACGGUACAGACGUUUACGCGAAACUGUCAUGCCACUAAAGUGACUAAUGAAUUUACCUUAUAUAAAUUGGUAUAUAUAAAAUUUUAAUGCUUUUAUUGAAUAGUUCAAUGUGUUAUGGUAUUUAAAAAAAAUUAACUGCAUUCACGCAUUAAUGAUGAAUAAAACGUUUGGCAAAGAUCUUGUUAUAUUUCUUGCUGACAUCAAGGAAGAUGUUACUGACAAAAUAUCAUUUUAGUUUACAAAUUCAAAGAUAGUUAAAAUUGAUGUAGUGGAACAUAUAAUAGUAAAAUUAUAUCAAUAAAACAGUAACAUUUACAAAUGUUUUUGGGGUUUUAUGUGCAAAAUCACUUAUAUAUAAUGCAUUUGCGCAUAAAUUGUCAAAAUUAAAUGAGAAAAUUGCCCUUGCGUAACUUUGUUAUAUGAUAUAUGAUUAUAUGUUUAUUUGUACAUUAGAUAUUUUUGUGAUAAAACGCAAUAUUAUUCACUUCAAAAUAAAUUUCACAUAUACCAUACCUCAACUUUAAAUUAAAACCGUGAUCAGAUAUAAUGUUAUUGAAGCAGAUGUAUUUAAAUAUUUAAUAUUUAAUCUUAAUUCAUUGAGCUUUAAUAGAAAUAUUUAGGUAGAAUAAUUUCACCUGAAAUAUUUAUUGCAUAUUUUUUUUUUCAUUUUAUUUGCAAGUACUUUUUUCUACUACAGCAUUUUAUUGACAAUAUGUUGUAAACGAACAAAAAAUGUCAUAUCUUCUGGAUAUUCCGAGAUCUUAUAAUAUAUUAUGUAAUUAUGAAUAGACAUAAUUGUAAUGAAGGAAGGAAUAGAGUAUUUGUUUAAACUUUUUCCUUGUUUAAUGCAAUGUGGUAUAGCCAGUUUUAACUUUCCUACCUGCUAUAUAACUUAUUAUCUUCAUAUAUAGAAAGUUACUGAUGUUUUUGUUUUGUGUAAAAUGAACUAACUAACUCCAUCUGUCAAUAUGUCAGGAUAUUUUGUAACUUAGAUAUACCGUUUUAAUAGCUUUAAAUUGACAAAAAAAUCAAAAUUUCAAUAUAAAUACAGCUGCACCAUUGUCUUAUACACAUAACUUGUCUAAGGAAAAUGGCGGACUUCUCAGACAUCUUAGCAUGAAACUGAUAACGAUCGCCGAUUGGCUUAUCUGUAAGACCCCUGCCAGCUUGAUUGACAGGCGGCGUAAUGUCAAUUCAUCACAUAUUUUAACACUGCUGGUGCUUUCCAGUACAUAUAUAUAAAUAAACCUGCAGAUAGUAUCACAAACACCAGAGAUGUUUCCUUUAAUUUGAAGAUAUUUAACUUUUGUUGUGUUUUAAAUAACUUUUGAACAAUCUAUUAUUACAACUGCCUUGGGUAUUUAUAUUUGUCAUAUAAUUUAUGCUAUAAGUUAAUAACAUUUAUAUUUGUUUUUUUUUUAUUAUUAUUUUUUUUUUUCAUGAAAAUGAUACUUCAAUUUCUCCAAUUUUCAUAUGGUCACCAUUUCCCAAUUUAAGUCACUUGGGAGCCUACUAAACAAAAAAGAAACUUGGACAAAUUUUUUUUUUGUUAAGUUGGACAUUUCUGUUAAACAAUCCAUAUUAUUUUGAUAUUAUGAAAUAAUGUGUUCGAAUAUUUCAGACAUUUGCCAUAAAAGGUUCAUUUACAUGUACAUUCCUCUUGAAUACAUGAAGUCUUUAUAUCUUGACGUGCAAUUUGAUUGAGUAAAAGUUGGGCAUUAUUAUUUGUAUGUUUUUUUGACAUGUUCAUUGUUAACAAAGUCUAGAGAGAUAUAUGUAUGUAGGAUAUGUAUAUGUAUAUAGGAGUGAGCCUAUUGGUCGGUUAGACAGUUUUUUGGUUUUUCAGACUAGGAGUCCUAGUAGGACAUAGGUUUUAAUGAUAUUUUGUACACAGAUGUAACAUUAUGAGUUAAAUUUGGCUUCAAACCACUUAUUUUUUUUACAUAGCUUAGCCCUAUUUUUUCUCUCUUUGUUUUUUGGGUAUUUUUAUUUUAGAUAGAAAUAGUUUCCUCAUGAUAACUCAUUAACAAGGAAAUGAAUUGCGGUAUUUUUAUUUAUACAUUAAUGAAACAUUAUAAAAUACAGGCUGAGUAUAAAUUUGGCUUCAUAAUGCUAAUUUUUCUCAUAGUUAAUUUGUUAUGGUAGUAGAUGUAUAUUUGUAUCCAUGUGUAUAAUGUAUAUUUUGAUAAACAGUGAAAAAACACAUGUAGGGCAGUGACAUUUUUGUUGAUGGUUAUUUUCUUAUUUUGAGUUUGCCAUUUGAUAUUUUUAAAAGCUUAUCAGGAGCCAUGGUAAUCGGUACACUUAUGAAGCAUGGAAAGGCUGAUCAAUGCAGCAGGAACGUAUAAUUUGAUAGUCGGAAUAAAGUAGAAAUUUGUGCUGUGUUAAGCUCACCUGUCACAAAGUGACAUGGUGAGCUUUUGUGAUCACUUUUCGUCUGGCGUCUGGCCAUCGUCCGUAAACUUUUACUUUAAACAACAUCGCCUCUUAAACCGCUAAGCCAAUUUCAUCCAAACUUUACAGGAAUGGUCCUUUGGUGGUCACCUUUAAAAAUUUAUUCCAUGCAGAACUCUGGUUGCCAUGGGAACCGAAAGAAAAAACUUAAAAUAUCUUAUUUUGAAAAAGAGGUAGAGCUUAGAUAUUUGGCAUGAAACAUCAUCUAGUGAGUGUCUAUCAAGUUUGUUCGAAUAAAAGCCCUGGGGUCAAAAUUGGCCCGUCCCAGGGGGUCAUUGCUUUUCUUAUACAGUGAAAGUUGAGAAAAC